AUGAGUUCAAGGGCCCUUGGAAAUGAUUUCGCGCAUCUGCAGCAGGACAAUGCAGAGAUCGAGCGCUCGAUGCUCGCCCAAGAGGUCGAAGCACUACGCACACGCUUAGGACUGCGCCAAGUCGACGUGUCCAAGGAGUGUGGCGUGAACGCGUCGAUGCUCUCGCAGUGGAUGCUUGGUCGGUACAAGGGCAACAUUGCCCGCAUCAACGGCCUCAUGGAGGGCUGGCUCGUCUCCCGACGCGGUGGCAAGCCGCUGGACAAGACGAAUAUGACUCAGCACGCGCAUUUAAGUCGCUUGUCCAACUUGGAUGGCAUGGACCAUCUACAGCGCCAACAGCUCAAGCGGAAACCUGCCGUCCAGAUGGACCUGUACCCACUCUACAAGUACCCGAAGACGAUGAACGCGUCCGAUGCGUCCUUGAUACCGAUCCGACUCGACGUCGACGUCGACGGCUACCGCUACAUUGACGCCUUCUUGCUCAGCACAAACGAGUCCGACUACACGUACGAGACGCUUUCGUCGUCGCUCAUCAAGGACCUCGACUUGCCCGACUGUUUCUACGCCCCGAUCAUCGAGUCCAUCAAGGCGCAGGUGGCGGCCGCGACCAAGUACCUUCCGUGGUCCAGCGUCGUCAAGUCCGAGGCGCUCUACCGCAUCUACAUCAAGCUCCGCAUCAACGAUACAAUUCUCCUCGACACGUUCGAGUGGGACCUCCAUAACCCGAGUAACGACCCGGAGCAGUUUGCCCGCGUCUUUUGUAGCGAAAUGGGACUUUGCGGCGAAUUCGAGCUCGCGAUUGCCAUGUCGAUUCGGGACCAGCUCCAGCAGUACGCCAAGGGCCACCUCGAACAGCAGAAGGACCAAGCGAGUCGGCUGCCGCCUGUCGCCCAGCCGCUCCGUGACAUGGACGACGCCAAGCUCUGGGAACCCAAAAUCCGCUACGUCCUGGCCGACGACGUACCUGUCCUGGAACGCGAGGACUUUAAGCGGAUGCGACCGACGUCGAUGCCGGCGCCGCAGCCCAUGCUGCCGUACUUCCCGGUCAAGCCCAUGUCGUACUUCAACAACGCGACGCCGUCCGUGAUGGCCAAGCCCAAUCGCCCGCCCAAGCCCGUCAAUACCUUUCUCAUCUUUUGCCGGCAGUGGCGCAAGAAGCUCAUGGCGCAGAACCCGACCGCAAGCGCGAAAGAAGCCUCCAAGCUCCUCGGCGACAUGUGGCAAAAACUCACCGAGGCCCAGCGUGCGAGCUACCAGCCGCUCGCGGACAAGGAGAACGCCCAGCGCAUGCUCGAAUGGAAGCGCAAGGAAGGCGACAAGCUACCGGCCGGCGACUUUAGCACCGCGGUCUCGCAAGUGGGCACGGUGACGCCGCAUGUACCGGCGGCGUUUGCGGGCACACCGGUCUCGAGCGCGGGCACGGCAGCGGCGUCGGCGUCGCCAAGCGAUGCGCUGGACGAGCUCGAAGGCGAGAACGAUCUCGACGACGACGAUGAGAACGAAGAAGAGGACGACGACGUAGACGACGAAGACGACGACGAUGACGAAUAG